CUGUAAACAUGGCGGACGUUCAGAGGCGUCAACGUCGGGAGGAAGAAAGGCGCUGCGUUCAGAAUGAAGCAAUGUGAGCCAAGGAAUGAAGCGGCUGGGAUGGCGGACCAAACGUUAACGGUACUCCUCAAACUUUUAGCAGCGGCCUUUUAUGGAGUCAGCUCUUUCCUUAUAAUUGUAGUGAACAAGAGUGUCCUGACCAAUUACAGGUUCCCCUCUUCGAUAUGUGUUGGCAUUGGUCAGAUGCUGGCAACAGUUGUUGUGUUACGGGUGGGAAAGGCUCUCCGGGUGAUCACCUUUCCAGAAUUUGAUGGUAGCAUACCUAGAAAGACAUUUCCGCUACCUCUUCUAUAUGUUGGAAAUCAAAUAACAGGACUCUUUGGGACAAAAAGACUUAACCUGCCAAUGUUUACAGUAUUGAGGAGGUUUUCUAUUCUCUUCACAAUGCUGGCGGAGGGUUUCUUGUUAAAGAAGAAAUUCUCCCGGCCAGUUCAGCUGACAGUAUUUACUAUGAUUCUAGGGGCCUUUGUUGCCGCAAGCGCUGACUUGGCUUUUGACCUGCAAGGGUAUUUGUUCAUUUUAAUGAACGAUGUCUUAACUGCUGCCAAUGGAGCUUUUGUGAAACAGAAACUUGACUCUAAGGAGCUGGGAAAGUAUGGCCUGCUCUAUUACAAUGCUUUAUUUAUGAUUCUUCCAACACUGCUAUUAGCACAUGUCACAGGAGAUAUGGAUAAGGCUUUUGAAUAUGAAGGCUGGACAGAUGCGCUUUUUAUAGGUCAAUUCAUUCUCUCUUGUCUAAUGGGGUUCGUUUUAAUGUACUCCACUGUACUUUGCACUCAGUAUAAUUCUGCGCUAACUACUACUAUCGUCGGCUGCCUAAAAAAUAUAUUAGUGACGUAUAUUGGAAUGGUGUUUGGAGGAGAUUACAUUUUCUCAUGGACUAACUUCAUUGGUCUGAACAUCAGUAUUGCUGGCAGUCUGGUGUAUUCCUACAUUACCUUCACAGAGGAGCAGACCACCAAACAGAGCGAGAAUGCCAUCAAACUAGAGGUCAAAGGGAAAGUGUCUGUAUGAGCAGUGGUUUGAUGUUCGUUUAUAAUCCAGAAAGGCUUUAUUUUUGAGUUCUUGUAUUUCUUGCAAGAGUAAGAAGUCACUCCUUUUGUUUUUAUUAUUUCAUGAAGAAGAUCUUGACUGUAAAAGGACAUCAUCUCAAAUGAAAGAUUAGGUCAAGUUUCAAACCUACUGGAAUGCGUCAUUCCAGAGUAAAUAUUUGCCUGUUCAUUUUCACUUCUGUUUAGAAGUGGUGUCUGUGUUACUAACUGAUGGUUUGUGUCCUGCAGUGUUGGACGCUUGCCACAAAUUGGGAAUGAGGACUGUCAUUAGUGUUGAAACAUCUGUUGUAUUGUCUAUUGAAGAGUACUUUUAAAAGUCAGUAAGGCUAUUUAUUUUUAUGUGCGUUUUUGUUUUUUAUUGCUAGGAUUGUAGAUUGGGUUUUAUUGUGGGGAAAGGUUUAUUCUAGCUAUAAAUAGGAAGAUAAGUAUAAAUUGUUUAACUAACAACGAGUUUUACGGGAACGUUCCUUCAAGCCCUGAAUGAUGAAUGGAAAGUUAAUGUUUGAGUGUGUAAAAUAAGGUACAUGUCAAGUAGAUGUUUUAUUUGAGUUUUGAUAACAAGCUUUAAAGAUCAAUAUUUUGUGUUAAGCAUUCACAGUGUUACUCAGUGUUAAACUGGACGAAUAAAAAAAAAAACUGCUUUUUAAUUUUUUUGUAUUUGAGAAUGGGAUGCAGUAACUGUUUUGUAUUGAUGGAAUCAUGGUACAGGAAAAAUGGUGUAGUAAUUGCACUUUAAUAGUUUACAGGCUUUCUCAUUUGUCAGUGGCUUCAAAUGGAUAUUAGUUUUUGGAAGAACAUUGUAAUCCAAUAUUCACAAGCAUUUCAGUAUUUCGAUUUGUCUUGUUUAAAGUUGCUGCCUUUGGGUGAAUCAGAAAGAGAAAUGAGAAUGUUUCCUACAUUUAUGUCUGAUGUAUUUUUGACAAUUGCAAAAGGCUAGUCUGAAAAUAUCACACAUUUCUCAGUUAUUUCAUGUGCUAUACUUGUACAUCUGUAAAAUCUGAUGCAUUCUGUGGUUACUGAAUGAAAGUCUGUUUUCAUUCAUGUAUGCCACUUUCUGGAACACUUUUGUUUAUUGCUUAGGGAUUCAAGUUUUAUGGAUGAUGUCCAUUUUUGUGCUUUAUUUUUCAGCACUGAUGAUGACAUGUUGCUGCAGAAGUAUUUCAUGUGUUUUCAACAUUUUCAACUUGUAUUUUUUAUUGUAUUAUAUCCAUGUUUCUAUUGAUUUCACUUAAAGAAGCAUUUCUUUAUCAAAUUCAUAUCUGCAAAUUCUCAGUGAUUGUAUCAGUGAGAAACGGGAAGUGUAUAACAUUUAAAAUACCUCAGCUCAAAGAAUAUGUAUUUUAUUUCAUUUUCCGAUGCUAACCAAAAUAAAAUCUCCUUUUUAAUUUUUCA